AUGCGUACGAGUGUUAUCGUUGCGCGCGAAUUCAACGUGCCUUAUCGCCGCUUGCUGGCACGCGUCAACGGUCAAACUGCACUCCAGGAACGUCCUACGCAGAAUAACAUAUUAACGAAUGAUCAAGAAUGCGCUGUAAAAGCGUGGAUAGAUAAUGUCGAUCUCAUGGGCAUUCCUCCUACAAAUCGAAUGAUUAUUUCAUGCGCGAAUGCUAUUCUUCAAGAUGCCAAUCCGCACGUACAGCCCCCGCCUACAGUUGGCACGGGAUGGGUAUAUCGAUUUACAAAGCGAAUUGGCUACACUAGAGUCAAGCAAAAAAUAAUCGACCCUAAGCGACUAGAGGCAGAGGAUCUUGGAGUCAUACAAACUUGGUUUGAUCGUCUUGAAAUCCAACUCCGUAUCAACAAAAUUACACCUUCAAAGCUUUGGAACUUUGAUGAGACUGGGUUCCAGGUUGGACAGGGGAAAAAUGAGAGUAUAGUUACUCAAUUUCCUCGUACAUCAACAAGAAUUGCAAGUGCUUCAUCUCGAGAAUCGUUAACAAUAAUUGAGAGUGUUAGCGCUGCUGGAAAAGUGAUCCCUCCACUUAUUAUUCUUAAGGGAAAACACCAUAUGGAGGAAUGGUAUCAAAAUCUUUUUGAAGAUGACUAUUGCGUAGCUUAUUCUGAGAAAGGCUACUCAAAUGCUGAGCUUACGUACGAAUGGCUUCAUCAUUUUGAUCUUUCAACUCAAGAAUAUGCGAAGAACGGCUACCGAAUGCUUCUGAUGGAUAAUUUUAAGGCGCAUCUUACGUACGAGUUUAUCGAGCAUUGCAGGAAGCAAAAAAUCAUUAUUUAUUGCUUUCCACCUCAUACAACGCAUUUUCUCCAGCCAUUAGAUGAUAUCCCUUUUCAGGCAUAUAAGCAUUUUCAUGGGAUAGAGGUCAACAAGCAAAUGCGCGCCGGGGCUUACGAUUUUGACAAAUAUGAUUUUCUAUAUCAUUUGGCAACCGUACGCAAUCAAACCUUCACAUCAAGAAUUAUACGCGCUGGAUUCCGUGAUGUGGGAAUACACCCAUAUAAUCCAGAGCUUGUGAUGGAUAAACUCAACGCUGCAGAGAUAUUAGAUGCAGUUCCUAUACUGGAAAUCUACGAUGGGGAGGAACAAGCCAUUCCGAGCUCACCAACAACAAGAUCAACUUCACCACCGCUUGAUUCGUACAAAAUCGGUCGGCAUAUCAAAAAGAUUGAACAGGAUUUAGAGCUCAUAAAAGAAGGCAUCAAGCAUAUAAGCCCAAAUCUUGAGCGCCGUGUACGCCGUAUUAUGAAAGGAAGCCUCAUAAACGCGCAAAUAUCAGCAUCACACCGGCGGCAGGUUAACCACCUUUUAGACGUCAACCGGCGUAAGAGUAAGGCCAAAACGCGACGUCAAAUUUUGAACGUAGGAGGCGUUCUUACCGUACGAGAUGCUAAUACAAAAAUUGAGGCUAGAAAGGUGCUAGAAAUUGAGAAAAGGUGA